CAUUCCUCGGCGUCGAUCACUUCAAGAACUCAUUCAAGAUGGCAAGAAUCCACGCCAACAAGAGGAAGGGAAUCUCCUCCAGCGCGCUUCCCUACAAGCGUGCACCUCCUUCCUGGCUCAAGACCGCCCCGGAAGAGGUCAUUCAGCAGAUCAUCAAGCUCGCUCGUCGAGGCUUCACUCCCUCUCAGAUCGGUGUGCAAUUGCGUGACUCGCAGGGUAUCGCUCAGGUCCGCUUCGUCACCGGAAACAAGAUCCUUCGUAUCCUCAAGUCUGAGGGCCUCGCUCCCUCCAUUCCCGAGGAUCUCUACUUUCUCAUUAAAAAGGCGGUAUCUAUUAGGAACCACCUCGAGACCAACCGCAAGGACAUGGACUCCAAGUUCCGUCUGAUUUUGAUCGAGUCCCGUAUCCACCGUCUCGCGCGCUACUACCGGACUGUUGGCAAGCUGGCCCCUACUUUCAAGUACGAGGCCUCCACUGCCAGCACUCUCGUUGCUGGUUAAGCGUCGUGCUCUCAUCGCCGUCGCUCUCCUUCGACGGCAGCAGAGACUAUUCUGCAUCUUCGUACGCAGUCAUGCUCACUGCCGGCAUUGCGUGCGCAUGGGCAGUGUCUCGUUCAACCCGCUCAUCACACGCACAACUUCCAUGCUCCCCAUGAUGUCAAACCUUUCGUUGUCAUACGCACACCCGGUCACACCAACAACCAUGGCCCAUCAUUAGGGUCGGUUGAAAAUGUAUUGAAUCCAAACCAAUCUUGACGCUGGC